AUAAUUCCAUAUUUAUAUAUGCAGAACUAUAUGCAUAGACAUAUAUAGGCAAUGUUCCAAUAUACUCCAAAUAUAUUAAAACAAGAAAUACAAAACAUCAUUUACUUGUUCUCAACAGACAUAUAUAAAACAUUUUUCCUCAUCAAAUAAAAAUUUCGAGAGUAUUGGUUUUUGACAUUUUCAACGGUGUAUGAAAUAUUAUAUAUAUUUACAGAGUACUUUGCUCAGAGUCAUUCAGGAGGCCUCUACGAGUUUAGGGACCAUCUCGCUAGUACGUAUAUCGAGCUAAUGAUUCGCAGGGGGAACUCUGAUCGGGGAGAAGGCGCUACCGACGACUCGUGUCGGGCCGUGCGUCGGGCGUCGCGACGCAAAUCGAUACGCGGCGCAGGCGGCGUGUCGACGGUCGACGGCAGUGUUGUUUCCCUCGUACUGCGAAAAUGUUACCGGGUCGUUCGUUUUUCACGGGCUGCCGCCGGGAGCGACUGGUACGGCCGCCAUGCCCGCGGCGCGCUAUCGCGGCGAGGGGAUAGGGAUCGCGCGAGAUAAACCCCGCGCUUCCGAUAACAAACGUAUCGCGGAUCUUUUUCAUUCGGAAAGGCGCGUCGGAACCGAUCACCGCGUUCCGUGCGGCGCCGCCUCCCGCUCCGCCGAGAAUCGAUCCCCCGACCCCCAACGGCCCCAACGAAAGGACACGGCGCGCGAAACGCGACAGGACGCGAGCUCGACGUUGGUGGUCCUGGUGUGCGCCGCAUCCUCUGACAAAGAGGAACGUUAAGUCGCGAGGAAGAUUCCGUUAUACACAUCUAUAUCUAUACACAUAAUUAUAACAAGGAGAUACGCGUCCCAAUGUGAGGGUGAUGCUCGCAGCUCGCAGAAGUUUUAACAUGGAAUUAAAGAUCGUGGCGGUCGUUCAUUGAGAUGAUUUCUGGCAGUGAUGCCCUCAUCGGAGGAGGAAAGCCAGUGGCUCGUUGGCAGCGGGGGCGGCCUCGCACCCUCCGGCGGCAGCGCGACGAAAACGGGCGCCGGAGAGCGCGCCGCGAACACUAGGUCCGGUCUCUACACCGAGGAGAUGACGACGCAGCCGGCGAACGUUUCUACGGCCGGCGUCAACUCGGCCUCGGCCGACUCCGCGGAGCACGACCUCAUCGACUCCACCGCGGACGCGACCCUCCUGGCGCAGUUUCACGAGGACGCCAUCAAGCAGGCUGGCGUUGGGUAUUUCCAAAUAUUCGCUGCUUUCUGCACGGGCUUGAGUCUGGCAGCCGAUACCGUCGAAAUUUUUGUUGUACCUUAUAUACUGCCGAGCGCAGAGGUUGAGCUUUGCAUCAAGGACAGCGAGAAGGGAUGGCUCGGAAACAUUACUCUUGUCGGCCUCGCCCUGGGUGGAUUAUUCUGGGGUGGUCUUGGCGAUAGACUAGGACGACGCAGGUCCCUGCUCUCAGCCAUGUCCGUGCACGCUCUGUUCAGCGGUGUUGCGACAUUCAUGCCCACUUAUGGCACUUUUAUGACAGCUAGGUUUUGCUCAGCUCUCGGAGUAGGAGGAGCUCUACCACUGGCAUUCGUAUAUCUCGCCGAAUGCUGCCCACGUUUAAGCAGAGGUCGCUGGACAGGUAUACUCGUGGUAGCGUGUGCACUUGGUGGUGUUUACGCAGCGCUCUUGGCUUGGGCAGUGGUACCCACGACGGGAGAAAUGGUUGUCCUGGAGAAUAAGGAACACUUCAGCGCUUGGCAUCGUUUCUUGUUGUUAUGUUGUCUGCCGGCGUUGUGCUCCACUAUCGGACUUAUCUUUCUACCGGAAAGCCCAAGGUAUCUUAUAGAGGCCGGUCGAGAUGUGGAGGCAAUGAUGGUCUAUCAGAGGAUAUAUAAGAAAAAUAACGCCCGAAAAGGUGCAACAGGUGCUCAAUAUCAGCUCUCUGAACUUGAACUUCCGACUAAAAGACCUCGCGGCUUGGCGCCGCCAUCUCCUAGCAAUCAUACUAGUGUUUUGGCGGACAUAAUAUAUUCGAUCGAAAUGUUCUGGAAUUCUUUCCUGGAAUUAUUUGUAACGCCUCAUUUACGUGUGACUUUGGUACUGUUAAUUAUCUGGACCGCUGCUUCAUUCAGUCUUUAUGGUCUUAUGGUAUGGUGUCCCGAAUAUCUGAAACUUUUGCGAGCGAGGGAAUAUGAAAGUCAUACUAAACUCAUUGUUGAUGAAACAUACAAUGGUACAACGUUUACUGGUUCUUGGGAAAAUCGUCAGUACAAAGACUCGACAUUUUUGAACUGCAGAUUUACUAAAAUGGUAUUCAGCCAUGUCGAUUUUGACAAUUGUACCUUCCAAUCGGUGGAGUUCAGUAGCAUUAAGUCUAGCAAAACCUACUUUAGAGACAGUGUUAUUGUACAUUCCAAAUUUAUUGACACAGAUUUAUCUGCACAAGUUUUCACCAGAUGUAAAUUGGAGAAUAACACGGAGCUGAGUUUAAGCGGGUCUUGCCCGACUCUCGAUCUCGAUUAUAACAUUUAUAUCGAAGAAGCGUUGCAUGCUCACCUCGUUGCUCAAUUGGCUUUCGUGCCUGCUGCCGCGCUGACAGGAUUGGCACUUACCGUUCUCCAGCGGCCAAAACUAAUUGGUCUCUCGCUUUUCCUCUCUUCCGUUGCUGCGUUAUGUCUGAUAUUAUUUCGCCAAAACAGUUCGGCAAUUCUUGGUUUUGAAGGUGGCUUCACAGCCCUUUUCGCCAUUGGGUGGACAUCGUUAACUUUGGUGACAGUCGAGAGCUUCCCCACACACUUAAGAUGUACCGGUUUUGGACUCAUAGCAGCAGCCAUAAGAAUAUCAGGUCUGAUAGGAACCACGACAUAUCAGACAUUAGUGGGUAUGCCUUUAAUCGCGCCCGCACUAUUGACUGCGCUGGCACUAUUGAUCGCUAGCGUUAUAACUUUUAAAUUGCCUCAUACUCACACUGUCUUCUUGUAAACUUUUCCAUCGGUAGAAAAGAAUAUCAACAACGCAUAUCUAAAGCUAAAAAUUCGUUGUUGCAUACGAAACAAUCUUAUACAGUACUUUGUCAUCUGAUGAGUGAAUUCUGGAAAGAAUAAUCUCGAAUGCGUCAGAGACAUGGUGGAGGCAUGCUAUUCUUUAUUCUUAGGAUUUAUUCGGAAAAAAAAACAAAAAAAAAACCGAUGUUCAAGACAUGUCAAUAAUUUAUUGAUCAAAAGAAGAAAAUUUUUUAGAAUGAGACUGUACAAAGGGACAUAUCCUAAGUAAUAAUGAAGCGCUGUUGUCUUUGGAGGCACUUGCAUAUUUGAAGCGCACAGAACGACUCACGGCGACUUUUGUUCUGCUUGCUAACGCAGAAUAACUUGAAGUUGGAUCAAAGCACUCUUGUAUCCUCUUAUUGCUUAUGGAACCUCAUCGAGUAUCGCCACAUGCGAACGGUGCUAAUAUUCGAUAGGAAUAAAAUGGAAAGAGAAGAGAUUUCAAGAUCGGCUGACACACACGGAUGUUUUCGUGCGCAAAAUAAUCACUCUGAAACUAACUAAUAAUCACUCUGCUAUUUUAUUUUUGACUAUAUAUAAACCGUUAUGCAAGUAUAUUGAGCAAAGGACACACGCAUAUGUGCAACUAUUUUAAUAAGGCUUAUGCCAUGAAAAGUGUCAAUUUUAAUAGAGGAGGCACAGCCAUCCGUAAUAAUAUAUAUAUAUAUAUUCUAAGAUAUAUCGGCAAAGCAGUUUGAUAUCUCAAUUAUUAAUAUUAUCGUAACGCUUAUAGAAUACAUAGCUGUUCUUACUUUCGAUUUAUAGAUUGAAUAAUAUCCAUGCAUGAUGUGGAACUUGGAUAUAUUCCGAUAUAGUGAAGGAUUUGCGGAAGGUACCUAUAUUCGCUCAGAUUUAAUCACGCAAGACUUUACAUGAUAUCUACAGAUACAGACCGAUUAUGAUGAUACAAUAAAUCAUUUUAUAUGUUUCUGUGCGAGAAGAGAAAUGAUCACUUCACUCAUGCGUAAGAAACAUUUCUAUGAAGGAAAAGUAAUGAAGCAAUCGUAAAUUCAGUACUUCCGCUUUUUACCGAUUUAUUAGCAUGCAUUAGAAAUACUAACUAGACGCUAGAAUGCCGCUAAUUCGAUAAAUGGGAAAGAAAGAGAAACAGGGACAUGAUUCACGUAAUGUAAACGCUGCCGUAUGAAAUCUCAUAUCCUAGACGAAGACUUUUGAACGAGAAAAAAGAUGGAGAUCAGCUUCAUAGCGCAAAAGCCCAAGAGAUUAUCAUCUUCAACGUUAAUCGUUUUCAAGCUUAUGAUACGAUCAAUUAUAUAAAAUAUAUAUAAUAUAUAUAUAUGAAUGUGUGUGUCUGACUCUCUAGUGAUAUGUAUAUUAAAACGUAGAACGUUAUUUUCUACAAGAAUCAGGAUCACACGUCUUAACGUAAAUAUAUAUAAUAAUAUAUACAAAAUGUAAUAUCUGUGUAAUUCACUCGGAGAAACUUUGCUAAAGUUUUAUCGUCGCUGACGACAGACAAUGGAUGACACUAGCAAGCUGGAAAGAAUGUGAAGAAGAGUUUCUCUUGAAAAAGAGAGGAAACUUAUUUCUAGGCAAUAAAAGGAUUUAAGAAAGAUUGGCGAUAACGUCUCGCCUACCAGAAAAUACACACGUACACGUCGUGGAAUCUCCGAGGAGUUCAUCAAGAUGAGGAGGAUGUCGGCAGAUUUAAUAGGAUAAAUGUUUACGUCCUAUCACGGUUAGUGAGUUUUUUUCAUAUCAGACUGUUGACGAUCGAUAUAUAUGUACACAAGAGAUUAAUAUCCGAGGGACGAGGUUUACGAACGUCUCGUUGGAGAAAUAGAAAGAGAUCAUUGCGAUGACCAACACACGGGCAACACAUAAACGUCAUUACACAUUCCAGUGAUUGUCCUAAGGAUGAUUUCGUCUUCUUCAAUGAAAAUUCUGACGAAAAUCGUUCGUUUGUGCUUAGGGAAAUCGCAAUUCGUCGUAAACUUGGACGUGGAGCGAGUUGUAUCGGUGCCGCAAUUGCGACUGCAUCAAUUUUUGUGAUAUCGAGUCACGAGGAUUACAAUAUGAGCAAGAGAUUUCCAUUGGACCACGAAAUUUAAGCAUGCCUACAAAACUCAUCGUCGGGACCAUGCGACGUUCUUGUUAGCUUCUUUUCACAUUGGAAAUUAGCCAAAGUAUAAUAAUGUUGAGUGUCAAUACCGAUGCCGGCACACAUACAGCUCCACGUAAUUGAUUCUGCUACAACAUUCAAGUCUAUCACCGCACCCGUAGAUAUAUAUGUAUAAUAUACUAUACAUUUUACUUGACAUAUCACAUUUUUUGAGCAAGCAAGAUCUAGAUUUGUAGGCCUUAGUCGGACUAUUGACUAGAACACACGUAGGAAAAAAAAAAAAAAAAAAAAAAAUUAAAUAAAGGUCUCGUGUGUGAGAUGAUUCUCGAGUAAAGUAGACUGAUCGAGUUGGAGGAUCUGCCGAGGCACUAUUUUCCUAUCUUACGUUUCUUUAGCGAGUUAGGUUUAGCCGAUAUAUAGCGUAUGUACAUUUUUGUUUUACACAACGAGAUUAUCAACUGAUUAAGUGAUAAAGAGGAGAUGCAAUACUCGUACAAUCUGGUCAAACGUGCAUUUUACUAAUACUAAAUAUAAUUACUCGCGACUAAUAUUAAAUGUAAUUAUUUAUUGUCAUCACCGAGAAUAUUGUAUACAUAUCACGCUAUUCAGACUGGAAUUAACGAUCAGUUGGUAAUCACUGUGUCACAGAGAGACUGCUUCUCAUUGUUAAAAUUAAAAGGAUUUAAUUAGUUAAGAUCUUUUACAUAGCCGACAUUGUACAAUAUAUCAUUUCUACUUUAGAGUUUACGUUUGGUCACACAUUCGACUGAUCGCGCAUAGUUUUUAAUCCUUACGAUACAGGGGGAUAGAAGCGACACUUCGAGGCGAGAUUUUUACGCGAGAGAGAUUCUAAGGUAUAUACAAGUAAGUGAGAAAUAAUGUCUUUUAAAAACUGUUGUGAAAUUCUUAUAUCUAUCGAAAUUAAUUAAAAUAUUUAUAGAAUAA